AUGUUUAAUGUCCUCUCUCCAGAGAGAAGGCUUCAUUCUUCCAUCCGUCGUGGAGAUGGGAUUAAUUUAUCUGCUGAAGGAAGCAAAAUAGUGGUGGAAGAGAUACUGAAGGUACUGAGGGAAGCUGACUGGAAGGCAAGCUUACACUGGAAAUCCAUGCCAUUAGAAUUUGCAGAGGAUUCACCAUAUGAUCUUGUUGCUGCCGAUGGAAAGACAACAUUAAAUCCCUCCAGCUGGACAUUUUAUAGGGUGAUUCAGUGGGACUAG